AUGAGCAAGUUCCUCCAACGUCUAUCCAAAACACCUUCGUCCACUUCUGCUACUUCAACUUCGUCCAAUUCGAUCACUGAACCGUAUUUUCUCCGUAAUACAAGAACUAUACCCUCAGCACCUCACUAUUCGUUGAGUGUGGUCUCAGAUUUGCUUUACACCUUAGGGUAUAAGAAGGACGUUACCAAACAGAAACAAGAAUGGUUAGAAAAUGCAAUAUACGGUAUAACUCAGGAAGUUCUAACAAAAACACACGAUAAGCAUAGUAAAUCCAGAAAUAAAUCCGGACAUUCGAUUUAUGAUAGUCAGUUCAUCAGAACAAUCAAAGUGACAACUGAUGAUUUUGACAAAUUAAAAGAACGCAAGUCUCAUGAUUACGAAUUGAAUCAUUUCGACGCUGUACAGAGAUAUAUUGCAGAAGUAGAAAAGGAUUUUGCUGAAGUUGAGCCUGUUUCGAUGGUCAGAGAAGAGCACACUAUGUCAACUGUGUAUGCUCCCAUUUCGAUUGCAAGAAGUGAGGGAGUGAAUCAUACCUUAUGA